ACUGUGUCAUUCAAAAACCUUCGGCGCCGUGAAAGCAGAAGCAUAUCGUAUUUCACCGCCGCGAAUGGUGACACGGUAAUAUGGCGCACCAGUUGAAUGGUAUGGGUUCAACGCCAGAGACGGUUGAAAAUACAGGCACCUCACCGAAUGCUCCAGGGUCUUCUGAGACAUCCUCAAUCCAUCAGCGCAGGCCGGCAAAACGGGAUCGUGUAGCGCUGGCCUGUCAGCGAUGUAAGACACGAAAACAAAAAUGUGAUGGUCAACGUUCGGCCUGUGCAUCUUGCGCAAGAUUGAACUUGAAAUGUACAUACAUCGUUCCUCUUGUCCCUGCUGCAGGUGAAAAGAAGCUAUAUAUUAAAGCUUUGGAGCAAAGGGUGGCUGAGCUCGAAUCAAUGCUCGCAUCUUUAGGUCAAGCUAGAGCCAGCAAUGACCAUUUGAGAGGAAUAGUGCCAGCCGUUUCAUCGCCCAUCUUACCAGAAGUAAAUAUAUCAGGCACACGCCUUUCACGACACUCGCUUCAACAGUCUGACGAUGAUACUAAUGAUGUCCUUAAUGCGGUGCGAGAUCUGUCACUAUCCGCGUCUGGUUGUUAUGUUGGGGCAUCGUCCAAUAUCACCAUUGGACGCGUGCUAAGUUCCGUUCUUCGUAGCGAAAAGAGUCCCGUAGCGGGCCACGUUGAGCACUUCAAUGCUCCUAUCGAAGAAAACGACCCGGCCCCAAAAUCUAUUCUCUCAACUGGGUUUAGUGAUAUGACUGGUGAGCCUUUCCUGGCUCCGACUGUGGCCCACCGGCUACUCGAAGGGUGGUUUCAACAUGUUGCUACACGAUAUCCAGUCCUAUACACAGCCAACGUGAUGGAACUUCAUAACAGUCGAGAGACCUUGACAGAAGCAUACGACAGAAGUAUUUUACAUCUAGUAUAUGCCGUGAGUGGACGAUGGCUGGAAUCUGCUGGUGAGACGGGUCACUUCUCUACUGAUCAUCACUACAAUGCUGCAUAUCAGAAUAUGGAUGCGAUUCUUCAACUGCGGGAUUAUCGGACAGUGGACUACUUGCUGCUGAUGGCACUCUACUGCACACGAGCGCCCCGUAAUCCAGGAGCAUGGACAUAUGUCGGAGCUGCUAUGCGGCUAUGCAUAGAGCUUGGCCUUCACCGUCGGCAAAGACGAAUACAGCCGGGCAUAGAGUUGGAAAUGAGCAAGCGACGAUUCUGGACGACAUACUUCCUGGAUCGCGAUAUUUCUAUCGCUAUAGGCCGGCCACCGAGCCUCUCAGAUCACGACAUUGACGCAGAAAUGCCUCUGGAUAUUGAUGAAGACACAAGUAAUGAUGAUAUAAUUCGGCAAGCGUCGAUGCAUCUUGCAAAUAUCCCGGCCAGCCCGGCCAACAGUUUGACAUCAUUCCUACACAGAUUGAGACUGAAACGUGUUGAGUCGGAAAUUCAACAUGAAAUAUACCGGGUAGAUCAGCCGAAGACAGUGUCGGAUGAUACGAUAAAUGAUUUCCUAGAUCGCCUGAAGUCGUGGAAAGACGCCAUUCCAUUCGAGGCAAAAGCAUUUGCUCAUCAGUCUAAUGUGCCAUAUGAGGGCCUCGAGCUGUACACCAUCCACUACCAUCGUUGCGUACGGUAUCUCCUAUAUCCUUCUUUGGCAGAAGUGCCUAUUAAUGGGCACUAUCUUGAACUAUGUGCCGAGGCAUGUUCUGGUAUUAUCUCGGACUAUCGACGGCUCCACCGUGUUUUCCCAGUUGGCUUCUCAGCUCUGAGUAUCCAGUCUGUAUUUCUCGCAGGGUUGACUCUAAUCUACUGCGCAUGGCUGUCACCUCCAGGCUAUAUCAACGUUGACGGGUCGCUUACCGAUUGUCAGCUACUGUUAUAUAUCGUGGCUGAACGUUACCCUUCUGCACGGAGAUACCGAGACAUCUUUGAACGAAUCAAAGUGGCAAUUUUGGAUAUAAUUGCCCAAGGAAAGCACGAGCCGCGACUUCCAGUUUGUUUGGAUCCAUCAGCACAAGAAAGCGUCGCGGGAUUCCAAGGUCAGUGGGGACAUGGUAUGGCGGGAAUGGGCAAUGAGUACAACUUCAUGAUCAACAACAUGAUUGGAGCUCCGGUAACGACUCCACCAUUUGAGCUUGAACUAGACCCAACAGCCACAUGUCUGUUAGGCGAAUACGCUCAACACACUGCAGAUUUUGGCUUUCCAGUAUGGCCCACUAUGCCACAAUUACGAGAAGGUUCAAUGGCAUGGAUGCAGUGAGGGGCAACUUUCAGUGAAUAUCAUUCUGUAGCGAUCUUUUGAUGAGCACUGUUAUCCAGACAUGUAACAAAAGGGGUAGAGAGGUCGUAUUAUGUCACACUCUAUAUAGUAAAGUCGUUGAAGACCCAUUUAUCCACUGUGAUGCCUCAUGAGUGGUAAGUCUGUUG